AUCCACUCCUCCUCGUCCAAUCCGGUUGGCUCAAACGUCACCUUGCUUCUUUUCGACCUAUUGAAAGGGCUUAACACUCUUGACAUCUCUUUGGCUCGUAUCGACUAUGCCCCUUAUGGUGAUUGGAACCAUCCUCACACCCUCCCUCGUGCCACCGAUAUUCUAGUGGUGGUUAAGGGCACUUUUCAUGUCGGGUUUGUCACCUCCAACCCUCCCAAGCUCUUCACAAAAACUCUACAUGUUGGUUAUGAUUUCGUCUUUCCAAUCGGUCUCAUUCACUUCCAAUUAAACGUGGCCAAUAUCAAUGCUAUCGCUUUUGCCAGACUAAGCAGCCAAAAUCCAGAUACAAUCACUAUUGCCAAUGCGGGUUUCGGUUCCAAUCCGGCCAUCAAUCCUUAUGUCCUCACCAAGGCGUUACAAGUGGAUAAAAACUUGCUGGAUGACCUCCAAAGCAGGUCUUGA